UCAAUCUUUCUAUGGAGUACAAAUGUAACAAUUUGGCGGUUGAAAAUCGUUUAAUUUGAUUUUAUCUCUCCUAAAUCUCUCCAAAUCGGCAUCAAUGGCGGUUUCUCCUCUCUACGUUUGCCGCAACUAUUUUCUCUCUCCUACUGGAUAUCAUCAUAAUCAGUUCCAACUAUCCACCAUUACUAAGCUUCCCUCUGUUUCUUCUUCUUCUUCUUCUUCUUCUGCUAUAUUACUCAAAAAUCGACUCAAUUUCUCGUCUAAACGGCAGCGUUUUGUGCUUGUAGCUCAAGCUGUAGAUUCUUCUUCUUCUUCACCUUCAACAGCUUCUACCACCGACAAAUCGAUUGUUCCUGAUGAUCAGUUUUCCCUCUCUAAGAUUUCUUUAGGUGUCGUGGGACUUGGAAGUGGACUCACACUACUUUCGUAUGGCUUUGGUGCUUACUUUAAUAUACUUCCUGGAUCAGAAUGGUCAGCAAUAAUGUUGACUUACGGUUUCCCCGUUGCAGUUAUUGGCAUGGCCCUCAAGUAUGCAGAACUAAAACCUGUUCCAUGUGUAACUUAUUUUAAUGCUCAAAUGUUGCGGGAUAAGUGUGCUACUGAAGUUCUUAAGCAGGUGAAGACUGAUGUUACAAGAUUUCGUUAUGGAGAUGAACAACAUCUUGAUGAGGCUUUGAAACGAAUUUUCCAAUAUGGUCAGGGUGGAGGUAUUCCAAGGAGAAGUGCUCCAAUCCUUCAAAUGAUCCGUGAAGAAGUGACUGAAGAUGGCAAAUAUUGCUUAGUGUUGGUGUUUGAAGCAAAAACUCUGCAGCUCUCAGAUUUUGAACAAAGACAGGCAAAAUUUGCAUCAUUCUUUGGACCAGGAAUCACUGCUGAAGUUGGGAAAGCAGGAAAUGAUCUUUACGAAGUUCGUCUGAUAUCUAAUACACAAGCGUAACGGAGUAGUCUACCGUAAAGAAAGAACUCAGUCUUCUAGCAGCCUGAUUGUAGGCUAUGUGAGAUUUUUGUAUAGUUGUUUAUAGGAGUACAUAGAAAAAAUACUACUAGCUUGUUCAUAUGCCUUUGGAUUAUAUGUCUAACCUUAUAUUAUAAGAUACUAAUAUCAUAUUCAAUUAUAAUUGUUGGUUAUUUCAUAUGA